AUGGAGAAGCUGGAUGGACUAGUUUUAUUGCUACGAGGUCAAACACAUAUAUGGAAGACUAAUGUGACGAUGAGAGCAUCUAUGGAUCAAGUGACGUGGUUGUUCUUUCUGGACGAGAUCAAGAACAAAUAUAUCGUUGAGGUUGAGUAUGAGUAUGAGUAUGAGUAUGAGUAUGAGUAUGAGUAUGAGUAUGAGUAUGAGUAUGAGUAUGAGUAUGGUAUGGAGUAUGAGUAUGAGUACGAGUAUGAGUACGAGUAUGAGUAUGAGUACGAGUAUGAGUAUGAGUAUGAGUAUGAGUAUGAGUAUGAGUAUGAGUAUGAGUACGAGUACGAGUACGAGUACGAGUAUGAGUAUGAGUACGAGUAUGAGUAUGAGUAUGAGUAUGAGUAUGAGUAUGAGUACGAGUACGAGUACGAGUACGAGUACGAGUAUGAGUAUGAGUACGAGUAUGAGUAUGAGUAUGAGUAUGAGUAUGAGUAUGAGUAUGAGUAUGAGUAUGAGUAUGAGUAUGAGUAUGAGUAUGAGUAUGAGUAUGAGUAUGAGUAUGAGUAUGAGUAUGAGUAUGAGUAUGAGUAUGAGUAUGAGUAUGAGUAUGAGUAUGAGUAUGAGUAUGAGUAUGAGUAUGAGUAUGAGUAUGAGUAUGAGUAUGAGUAUGAGUAUGAGUAUGAGUAUGAGUAUGAGUAUGAGUAUGAGUAUGAGUAUCAGUAUGAGUAUCAGUAUGAGUAUCAGUAUGAGUAUCAGUAG